CGACGUCGUGACCGGUGAGCCCGCUCCGUCGUUCUGAACCCGGGUAAUUAGCUUCUGAAGCGGAGAGAGCUCCGGGACACACACCGAGUACGGCGCCCUUCCGCCGGGCUGAGCCUCUGUGUCCGGCCCGGUGGUCUGUCUCACCACCGGGGUGGAAUGUUUUCUAGACCUCCGGGCUUCUCUGCACCAGAAGUGAACCUCCCCACGCCCCUGUCGGUGAGCUCGUGCGGAGAGACAUGGCGGACUCCGGUCGGGCCAGACCGGCGGACCCUGACGCCGCGGACAGCCGGACCGCGAGUCCUUUGACCGUGAGGAAGAGGACGCAGCAGUCUCCCGGGCUCCGGCCCAAGUACCACAGCUCUGCUCUGGGCCACUGCUUCAGGAAAGUCACCCUGACCAAACCCACCUUCUGCCACAGCUGCAGCGACUUCAUCUGGGGUCUGAUCGGCUUCCUGUGUGAAGUGUGUAACCUGAUGUGUCAUGAGAAAUGCCUGAAGACGCUGCGAUCCGUUUGUUCCUGCAUGACUCCGUCUGUCGUCCAGGUGCCUGUGGCUCACUGCUUCGGUCCAGCUGCUCAGAAGAAGCGUUUCUGCUGCGUCUGCAGGAAACAAACGGAGGGAAACACGGCGCUGCGCUGUGAAGUGUGUGAGCUACAUGUCCAUGCUGACUGUGCUGCCUUCAGCUGUGCCGACUGUCGCAGAUGUCACCUGGACGGGACUCUGGAACAGGAUACGUUUCCCCACCACUGGAGGGAGGGGAACCUGUCGUCAGCAGCCAGGUGUGAGGUGUGUCGGCGUUCCUGCGGCUCGUCCGACGUCCUGGCGGGGAUGAGGUGCGAGUGGUGCGGCAUCAUGAGCCAUGCAGCGUGUUACCUCAGCGUGCCACCAGAGUGCACUCUGGGACGUCUGCACCGCAUGCUGCUGCAUCCGGCCUGCGUCCGCCUCGACUCCAGAAACUUCAGCAAGAUGCACUGUUACCGCAUCACAGAGAGCCACGAGCUGGAUAACUCAGAUGACGCCGAUGCUGCUGUGUCUAAAGACGGUCAGCUGACGGCUUCAGAGUCAGGUAAGCAGUCUCUCAAGGUGUUUGACGGUGAUGAUGCAGUCAAGCGGAGCUACUUCCGACCGGUCUCCAUACUUCGAGCCACGAGGAAUGAAGACGUGGUGGAGGCGGCACUCAGGGCCUUCUACCUUCCCGAUGACCCUCAGGACUAUGAGCUGCAGGAGGUUGGAGGCCUGCAGCGUUUCCACAGCGACGACAUCCUUAACCGCAACGGCGGUCCGGACAACAGAAGCUCUCUGAGGGACGGAGGCGACUCCUGGCUGCUGAGGGCCAAACCCAGAGAAUCUGAGGUCAUCAAGGUGCACGCUGGCUGGCCCAGGUUGGCUGCAGCUUUCAUCUGUGUCUCCAUCUCAAAGAGCAGCACAGCAUCUUCAGUUCUCACUGAGGUCCUCGGAGAACUGGACAGACAGGAGGACGUGUCCAGCUUCAGUCUGAUGGAGAUCUGGAUGAGCAGCAAGCAAGUGCAGAGACAGAUACUGACGCCUCAGGAGAAGGUUCUGGACAAACUGCAGGAGAUCAGGAAGCUGUCUUUGCGUCAGAUGAAUCAGACGCGUUUCUACAUUGUGGAGAACAGGAAGUGGGCGGUGCAGGUGAGCCUGCUGAUUGGAGGGCUGCCCCUCCUGCUGACCAGAGAGGAGUACGCCCAUCUGAUCCAGGAACACCUGACCAUCAAGAGUCAUCUGGUCAACAUCAGCCACCACUACCCCAGUCAAGGUGCGGUGGGGUUGCAGAUCUCAUGUUUCUCUGAAGCAGAGAGGAUCUACAUGUUGGCUAAAGACACAUCUGUCAACAGCAAGAUGCUUACAUCCCUCGUCAUCCCAGAGAUCAUGCUCAACAGUCUGGGAGAAGACGUCUGUCCCCUGCUGGUCUUCGUCAACCCAAAGAGUGGAGGACUGAAGGGACGCGAGCUCCUCUACAGCUUCAGGAAGCUGCUGAACCCUCACCAGGUCUUUGACAUCUCCAACGGAGGUCCGCUGGCUGGCCUCCACACCUUCAGGCAGGUCCCCAGGUUCCAGGUUCUGGUCUGUGGGGGUGACGGGACGGUGGGCUGGGUGCUGGGAGUACUGGAGGCUGUCCGACACAAACUGGUCUGUCGUGAGCCGCCCAUCGGCAUCGUCCCUCUGGGAACAGGUAACGACCUGGCUCGGAUCCUGCGCUGGGGGCCGGGUUACAGCGGCGAGGACCCCCACCACAUCCUGGUGUCUGUGGACGAAGCGGAUGAGGUCCUGAUGGACCGAUGGACCAUCCUGCUGGAUGCCCAGGACAUGUCUGAGGACGGCAAGGACAACGGCUUCCUGGAGCCGCCAAAGAUCGUUCAGAUGAACAACUACUUCGGUCUGGGCAUCGACGCUGAGCUCAGCCUGGACUUCCACCUGGCCCGAGAGGACGAGCCGGACAAAUUCACCAGCAGGUUCCAUAACAAAGGAGUGUACGUGAAGGUCGGACUGCAGAAGAUCAGUUACACCAGGAGUCUCCACAAAGAGCUGCAGCUACAGGUGGACACACACAACGUCCCCCUGCCCAACAUAGAGGGGCUGAUCUUCCUUAAUAUACCCAGCUGGGGUUCAGGUGCUGAUCUCUGGGGGUCAGAGGUCGAUGGUCGCUAUGGGAAGCCGAGCAUUGAUGAUGGUUUGCUGGAGGUGGUCGGGGUCACUGGGGUCGUCCACAUGGGCCAGGUGCAGAGUGGCCUCCGAUCUGGGAUUCGUAUUGCUCAAGGGAACUACAUCAGGCUGACAGUAAGUAAACCCAUACCUGUCCAGGUGGACGGAGAACCGUGGAUCCAACCGCCGGGACACAUCAUCAUCUCUGCUGCCGGACCAAAGGUCCGGAUGUUGAGGAAGUCCAAGCAGAAGCAGAAGAAGUCUUCAGCCGGCCCAAAGGAUGGACGUUCAGAGAGUCCCUCCUCUAGAGACGGAGGACACUGACCGACCCGCCUGAACAUCACUGUUGUCCCACUGUUUACCUGCUUCCUGCUGCACCUGAGAAGCCGCUGUGGUGUGAUGUCGCUCACGUGGCUUUGCAGGGACGACGAUGCCGAUCGGCCUGAAGGCUGAGGUUUAACUUUCACAGCCUGAUUGUGGUGGGAGGAAAGACCGGGAUCGCCUCAAGUUUGUCCCAGUCGGGAUCACAUUUCCGUCCUGCUGACUUAGCACUUACACAAUUCACAACAACCAUGGUUAAUACUUAGCACCUGAAAUUGACUAUUUUACUUAAAACCCAAGAUAGUAAGUAUCUAAUACACUCAUAAUAGAGUUUCUAUAAAGACUGGGAAAGAGAUGAUAUUGGAUUUUGACAAUUUCCCAGAAUGGAUAAGCUUCAGUUGAACAAAAAGAAAAUGGAGAGGAGUAUUUAACAGAAAAGGUUUCUGUCCAGAUGUGACUGUAUAUGUUCAGUAAGUAUCAGUAUCAGUUGAUAUAUUGUAAAAACUUUAGUUGUGAAAAAUAAUGUGCAGCUAUAGAGUGAUCAUGACCUCCUCGUUAGUCGUUUUCUCUUCGCAAAAUAUGGAGAAACCGAAUACUGAAGCACUCCUGGAGAGACUGACGGGCAGUUUUCUAAGAAGCUGCAAACACAUUAUGUUUUCUUCUUUUUCUCCUUCUUCUUCUGCUGGUGUGAAAUCCUUUAGUAACAUUGGUUUUCCAAAUGUCAGAGAACAGCGUUGAUGUUGUGGUGAAGCUCUCCAAAGCUAAUGAACAUGCAAAAUCAAACAAGAAAUCCCUGAUUCUCUGAAACCACAGGGACCACUGAGCUGCAUCAGUGUGUAGCACAAGUCAAGGGACUGAUUAAAACUGCAGAUAAACUGUAAAGCCUGAAGCACAGUUUGUAUUUUAGUGAAGGGGAAGCUUUUCUUUGUUAAUGCUUAGAGUUUGAAGAAGCUUUUACUUUGGCAACUACAUCAACUGUGAUGAGGAUAUGCAUACAUACAUAUAUAUAUAUAUAUAUAUAUGUAUAAAAGUGUAUAUAAGUCCUGCUGUCAAUGCUGUGUCACCAAAUUAGUUUGGCUUCAAAUUAUCACCUUGUAUUAAAAUUAUUAACUUUUGCAAAGCAGAUUACUUUGCACAAGAUAUAGAUCUUACAUGUACACAUAUUUAUACAUUAUAUAUAUAUUAUAUACACAGACAGUGUUGUUGUGAAGGAAGAUGUCUUGUAGUUAAAACAUUUUUGUUCCUAUUGACUACAAUAGAAACUGUGCUGUUGCUUUACCCUGUAUUUUCAGUAUGCUAGCGUACACAGCUGAUUUUCUUCCUUGUUUCUUCCAAUAGCAGUUAGCCUUCUGUUGUGUUGUUGGAGCUUAAGUGCAUUUUAUGGAACAAGAGUAUGAAGACGUGUCUGCGUCCAGUUUACUGAGCAGCAAACCCAGAAUUAGAAUCUGGUACCUCUCUGCUGGUGAUGUUAAGUACCAUUUAACAACAGAGAAGGACACAAACACUUCUCAAUAAGCUGAUGUGAUGUUCACACUGGAAAAUGUUAAAAUGAGAUUUCUUAAAGUGCCAUCAGCAGUGCCCAAAACUAGCUAGAAAACAAUCUAUAUUUAACUAGUGAUGUUAUUAGCCUUGCAGCACUUAGCUCGUAGGCUUAAUCGAAAUUCAAAUUGUGAAGUAAAAGGAAGCAAAGACGAGAGUGAAAUGUUGGAACAAAAUGUGUCGCUGUGAUAGAGUCAAUGUGAUAACAGUAAGCACCAGAGACUAUCUCAAAACUAGCUACAUUACCAGCUCGGCGAGCUAGUUGCUAAGCUAGCUUACAAUUAAAAAUGAAACUUAAACUCAAUUAAUUUUAGGAGGAAAAAUAAAUGAAGGGUAACUAUUUACUAAAAUGUUAAACUACCAUUACUAGCUUGGUCAGCUAGUAGCUGGUUUGCUAAAAGUAGAGCCAAAACAAAACUGAACAAAACUCUGUUAAUGUUUGAGGAACAAAUACAUUUGAGGUUAUGAAUUUGGUCAAAUGUGAUAACAAAUGUGACACUUUACUAUUACAGGACUUUAGCUAGAAGACUAGCUAAGCUAAACUAAACUAGCAACAUUGCCAGCAUGGAAAACUUGUUAGCUAGCAGACUAGCUAGGGUGCUAAAUAAAUAAUAAAUAAAAGUAAACAAGGGACAUACUGCUCUCACUGCAAUGAGUUCACCAAUUCAAAUUAAUUUGAUAAACUAAAGACAUUGAUAAAUCAAUAAAGGUAAAGAAUAUUGAAUUCGGCCACUUGUUUGAGGGAAUAAUUUGUAAUUUGAAUAUUACUGAACUGAACUUGAGACAAACGACUUGCAUUCAUUUAUUUUGUUGUCAAAGGUUUAUCAGAAUAUCACAAAUCCAUUAUUGUGACCAGGCCCAACUUUCCACCAUAUUUCUGAUUGUUGAUGAGUGAUUUCCCACCUUUUUAUACCCUGAACAACGUGCUUCAGCUGCCAGUUCAUCAGUUUCUACUCAGACAGAAACCUGAGGAGGAUUUUACACCAGAGGUGCUUCGUCCACAUUCCCAGAGACGCAGUGUAAAGACACAGCUGUUAAAGACAGUCGUGUCUCAUGCUGAAGGUCCCAGCUCUUGAUGUAGCCACAACAGUAUUUAAUCACUGUGCUUUGGUUGUAACAUUUAGAUUUUUUAAAUUCUGCAUUAACUGAUUUAUUUUGAUGUUUUUUGGUGCUAGAAGAAACAGUCUGUUACAGCUCUGAGCUUGACUCGAGAUCUGAGGAUCCUGUUUUCAUUCAAAUCUUCAAACCAAAGUUCAGAGGCAUCUUACGGAGGAGAAAAGCAGGAAGUGAAUUUCUGAAUGAUCCUUAGGUGGUUUCAUGUACUGGAUGUAAUGAACUAUGAUCAGAGUGAAGGUUUGUGGCUUUGAGUAAACAGAGGUCUGAGAUCGACAGCUGAUCCAUCAGUGGCUGUUAGUUUGAUUCUGCUGAGCUUCGUCUGCAGAGGAGCUGAAGCGUCUUGUACAGUUGACUCUGUGCGUGCUGACAAUAGGACGUAGCUGUGAGUGCACAAGUAUCAGAUACUGUCAGUGUUUUAUUACAUGCAUGAAGUACUGUAGAGCUGAGUGUUGUUUUACAGCUGUUUUAUCUUCACUCACAAAGGCGAGUCAGUGCUUCAGCUGUUACACAACCACAACUGCUGGUGAGACUCGUUUUAAACACCUAACCAUAUUUAACUUCACAUUCCUGCUGGUCAUUUUCCAAAUCCUCCAAAACCUUUGGGAGAAUCUCCAGUUCCAUGUUAUAUAAAAUCAGUAUGUGGACUUUAAAUAAGUGGGUUAUUUUUCAAUUGGUUAAUCCAUCCCUCCGUUUAUUCAUCCAUUUUCUCGAGGUCGUUUUUAAUGAAGCAUUAAAAACACUCUGUUGUUAAAUAAUUCUAGGUCACAUCUUCCUCGCGGUUCUCAUUGAUCUUUGAUCCUUCGACCGUUUGACCAUGAAAAGAUGUUGAACUGAACUCGUGGCGUCAACCUGCAGGAAAUGUCUGUUGUCAAAAAGGCAAAAUGACGUUGACUGUGAUGGAUUCAGUUUCUCUUCUCUUCUCUGCAAGUUGAUUUUCAUAUAAAAUCAGUCAGCUCUGAAGAGCGGAGCUGCGAUUCACAGGAAUAAAAAAGGAGUAAAAAAGUUAAUGAAAAAGGCACAAAAGAUCCUGAAGCUCAUGUUCCACCACUGACGAGUUUCACCUGUUCAGACUCAACAUUCAGGCUGAAGAGACGAAUCCGAACUGAUGUUGACAAAGCUCAACAAGAGAAUCAACAGGCUUUUAUUCUGAAACAUUAGUUCUUCAAAGGUAGAAAGCAACACUAAAGCUCAAAUAUACAUAUAAUAAAAAGAAGGAAUCCAAAACA